AUUCACCAGUUUCUCGGAAGCUGGCUUCACCGUAAAUAAACCGGGCUUCAAAUCACCACAAAUCACCAUUAAACGCGUAUCUUCCUGCCACCGGAGGGAGUGAGCCCAGUUCACAUCCGGCCAGCCCCACACACACGCUGUGGAUCCCGGGUCACUUUGGUUCACUUGCUCGGAGGACGCACAGCCUGACAUUCGGCCUCGUUCACGCUCAUUCAUUCACCCACAACAACAAUGGCAGCGCAGGAUUUUAAUUUCUUGCUUGCGACGGAUUCCUACAAGAUCACACACUACAAACAGUAUCCUCCAAACAUCAACAAGAUCUAUUCCUACUUUGAAUGCAGACGCAAGAGGGGUUCCCAGUUUAGUGAGGUGGUGUUCUUCGGUCUUCAGUAUCUACUGAAGAAGUAUUUGGCAGGCCCUGUUGUCACGGAGGAGAAGAUUCAGGAAGCCAAGCUCUUCUACCAGAUGCACUUCAAACAAAAUGUCUUUGAUGAAGAAAGCUGGAGGAAAGUCCUUGAGAAACAUAAUGGCCGUCUUCCUAUCCGGAUAAAAGCUGUCCCUGAAGGCAGGAUUGUACCGAGAGGCAACGUGCUCUUCACUGUGGAAAACACUGAUCCCAACUUCUACUGGCUCACCAACUACAUUGAGACCAUGCUGGUGCAGAUGUGGUAUCCCAUCACAGUUGCCACAGUAUCCAGGGAGUUUAAGAAGAUCCUGGCCAAGCACCUGAAGGCCACCUCAGGAAGCCUUGAAGGCCUGGACCUGAAGCUGCAUGACUUUGGCUACAGAGGCGUCUCCUCACAGGAGUCUGCAGCAUUAGGGGGAGCAGCUCACCUGGUUAAUUUCUGCAGCACAGACACAGUGGCUGGACUUCUGAUGGCUCAGAGAUAUUAUAGCUGCCCGAUGGCUGGCUUCUCCAUUCCAGCAGCAGAGCACAGCACCAUCAUCUCUUGGGGGAGGGACAGGGAGAAGGAGGCGUUUGAGCGAGUCCUGGACCAGUUCCCCUCUGGACCAAUCUCAGUGGUCAGUGACAGCUACGACAUCUUUAACGCCUGUAAACACAUAUGGGGAGAGAAGCUGAAGGAGCGAGUGAUGGAGCGCAGCCAGGACUCCUGUCUGGUCAUCCGGCCGGACUCUGGAGAUCCUGCAGAGACCCUUAUUGAGGUCAUCAAGAUUUUAGAAGAGUGUUUUGGCAGCUCUCUGAACUCGGUUGGAUACAAGGUGCUGCCUUCUUACCUGCGAAUUAUUCAGGGAGAUGGCAUUGACCUCUGCUCAGUGGACGAGAUCCUUAAGAAGCUGAGAGAUGAGGGCUGGAGUGCUGAGAACGUCUUCUUUGGAUGUGGCAGUGCUUUGCUUCAGAAACUCAACAGAGAUACACUGAACUGUGCCUUCAAGUGCAGCUAUGUGGAGACUAAUGGCAAAGGGAUGGACGUCUACAAGCAGCCGGUGACCGAUCCAUCCAAGGGCUCAAAGAGGGGUCGGUUAUCACUGAGGAGAAACUCUGAUGGCUUCUUGGAGACGAUAGAGGAAGGAGCAGGCAAACCUGAGGAGGACCUGCUGGUGACAGUUUUUGAGAAUGGCAGCCUGGUGCAGGACUACUCCCUGGAGGAGAUCAGGAAGAACGCUCAGCUGCGUGACGAGGAGCUGAAUCUCCCCCUACACAACCAUGAACAGGAGCAGCUUCACAAUCGUAUCAUCAAUGGGAUUCAUUAGAUCAAACACAGUCUCCAACCAUGCAUAAGAUACUUCAGUGUUCAACAGGGACUGGAAUGAAGGCUGCUGUGUGAUGGAAAGGCAGCCCUGUAAGAAUAAACUGAUCAUGUUGAAGGA